UGUGGUUCGGUUCAGGUUAUGAUAUUAUAACCUGGAGGGAUCAAAAUUGGCGCUUUUAAAAACCAAACAAACAAAAACAGAGAGGAAACAAAAAAAUGAGAAAGCAAGAAUCAGAGGGAGCGAAUCUUGAAUUCGAAUCCAAAUCAAAUGACAAUGGAAAUGUGAAAAUCGCACCAAACGACCAAAGUUUCCUCACAAUUCUUGACGACAUAAAGUCUUCCAAAUCUCCGGCUGUUAUUAACUAUGGAGCUUCUUGGUGUGGAGUUUGUAGCCAGAUUCUUCCUGCAUUCCGAAAGCUCAGCAACAGUUUCUCGAAGCUCAAGUUUGUUUAUGCAGAUAUCGACGAGUGCCCUGAAACCACUCGUCACAUCCGUUACACACCCACGUUUCAGUUUUACAGAGACGGCGAGAAAGUCGAUGAGAUGUUUGGAGCUGGUGAACAGAGGCUCCAUGAUCGUCUUUGGCUUCACUCUUGAAUAUGUUCAUCAAAUAUUAACUAUGAAAAUCUGCAUUCCUUUUGUGAUACUUUAAAUGCCAACACAAAAAAUACUUGGCUCUUCGACAAUAAUCCCCUGAAUAAGUUUGGACUUUGGUAGAUUAAUGUUAGGGAUAAACUUACAGAAACAUCAAAGGUUAAACAGAGGAUGGAGCUAACAUUCAUGAUACAACUCUUGACAAAUAAAUAUGAACACCGAGCUCCUCACGGC